AUGGCCGCUACCUAUCUGUGGGAUAUUGGCGUCUUCUCUGAUUGCUAUAAUGCUGUCAAAUUCCUGGACAGCGUCCCAGAUCAGAUAGAUGCUUUGAUUGGAACGGACAUAAGACAGUUACUCGUGGUUCCACCAAAGUCUGACAAAGCCAGGCAAACUUUGGCGAAGGCUGAUACUGAGCCCGUUAAUUUUUCUGACGGACUGUCUUAUAAGCUUAAUAAAGCCUUCAUCGAGACCGCAUACCUUCUUGCUAGUGAGCUUGACUUAGACGAGAUUGCAACAGCUGAAUUGCUUCUGCUGGCCACAAACGAGAGCUUUUCAAAAGGUUCUAGCCUUGAAGAUGCGGGGAUCUUGGCCUUUUUCAGAAGGUACGAUUACAUCCUCAACAUCUUGGGUUACAUGGUUACAAACAACAGAGUACAGAUGCUAUACCCUUCAAAAGAUCCAGCGAAGGAACUAUUCCAGCAAUUUCUCGAAAGUUACAAAAAAAUCUACAAGUUGAUCCAGGUUCAAAAUGAUCAGAUCGACAAGCAGAAAGCGACCUCAGAUAUCAACAAUCUAGCUUUCGUUAAAAAAGUGUACUUCGUGAAGCAGCAGCUAUUCCAUAUCCACGAUCUUUUGAGUCAGAUUUUGUAUUUGCUCAUUGAUGCAUUCCCACAAUCGCUCCAAACUUACGACACCUACAGUGCCAUCAUCAAACAUGUUAACGAGAAUAUCACCAACGAUUCAGAUAUUCUACUUUUGCAUUACCUUCCUUCUCUUUUGCGGUGUGUGACAGGGUUGGAGGACAUGGAAGAAAAGGAGAUACACAAAAUUCAUCAACAAUUCGUGGCCGCUCUUUCCGCCGAUUAUCCAAAAGUUAAGGAUAAUGACCUCAUCGACUUGUCUAAAUCAUCUUUACGACCAUUUGAUUUGUGCUCAAAACUUUUUUUCUUCGUCGCCUUCAUUCCGUGGUGCAAAGCAGUGCCAGCUAGAACAGAAAAGUUUGAUUUCAAGACGGACAUUCUUCAGUACAUCGAAUGGCUAAUUAGCUAUGGUACUACCGAACAGCUAUUAAGUUACUCAGCUGAAACCGCAGUCCAAGAAACUACGGCUCUUUUAGAGCAAAGCGAUCUUUAUGACUUUAGGGCUCUUUUGCAAAGAAGCUUCCCUCUGUUGUGGCCUGCCAAAUUUGUGUACUCAGGCAAUGAUGAGCUACUCCACGCAGCGAAGUCUAAUCCACAGUAUCUGAAUGUUGCCAAACUUUGUGACUUCUCGAGCUUCAAGGUAUCGAGAGCUAUUGCUGACGAUAUACUUGCUCCGCUAUUGCACUCGUUUUUUAGCAGUUUUGUGAAUCAUGCAGCCAUAGUCUUGACCCUGCUUAGGGAUAACGAGGAGGAUUAUCUUUUAUCAUCCAACAAAAAAGAGCUUGAGGACUCAACGAGAAACUCCAUGAGCUUUAAUGACAGUUACGAAAGCCUCGCAUCGAAGUCGUUAGAAAAGACUUCCCCUGAUGCUUCCGACUCAAGUCACGACCUUAAUGAUAUAGCCAGCCGUGCUGAUUUGGAAAGAUUUUACAUGGCUUGCGUGUACACCUACAGCAAUAGACCCACCCUUUGCGAUGCAUUUUGGGCUGCAGAUGAGUCCAACGUAACUGGUUUUGUUGAUUGGGGCAUCUCAAAGAAUACACUGCCGCUCAUCACUGCAACAUUCUGCUUUUUGUUGGGUAGCUUGACCUCUGGUGGAACAGUGGCCAGCUUGAAAGUCUGGGAUAUUUUGGUAAACGCCAAUACUUUUCGGAAAAACGACUACUCAUAUAUCUCAGUCGACUCCAUUGUAAGCUCCUUGACUUACUACUUGGACGCACUUACAACUAACUUGGAACAGGAGUUGAACUCAAGGUCAAAGUUAGAACAACAGAAACUGGAAUUUCUUUUUUCCAGUAGCCAUCAUAAGCGGGUGAAUGAUACCGACACUGAAAGUCCUAUCACACUCUCAGAGGACUCAGUGGUUUUCAUUGCAGGUUUCAUUAUGCUCAUUGCACAGGUCGUCAAAAAUUCGGCCGGUGACGAACCAGUUUCACAAGGUCUUAAAAAGUCCGCGUUUGCCAGAUUCCACCCUAUACUCGUCUCCUUUCUCAAGUUUGAUAAUUUGAUUACUAGUGCGAAGGGAUAUCUUCAGAAGAGAACAAACACACCUCCCAACAUCUUCAGCGACGAUAACAGAAGCAUUAUCCUCAACCUUGUCAUGUUUUGUUUGAAGGAGUUUGCCGCAACCAAUGAUAUCACCAUCAGGACUCAGAUUUGGGACACUGUUGACCGCUGGAUCUGCCAUGCACUUCAUGAUGGCGACAACCUUACCUCCGCCGAUAGCCUGAGGUAUACCGGUAGGAGCUCAGUGCUGACGGCUGUCUCAAAUACUGCGAAGACAGAGGUUCAGAAACUCAGGAACCUUUACAGAGGAUUGACGAUGAAUCAAGCCUUUAAGAUGGCGCUCACGAGACCAUCAGAGGUGUCUAAUUUUGUUCAAUUGAUUGCACAGCUACUUGAACCUUCUAGUACAGAGCAGUAUGGUUUCAAUGAACUGCAACUUUUGUAUCCGUCGAAUCUCGGCGACGGCUACAGAUUCAAAAACCAAAUUGGCGUUUGGCCUUACAUUGAAUAUAUCAUCAACGAAGUGUUUACCCAUACUCCAGAUGUUGAAGACGAAGAUUUCAGAAGAUAUUUGCAGCAAACCAUUCUCAAGAUCGUCAGAGCCUCAUUGAAUGAAGUUGAUUGGUUGUUCCUAGUGGAAACAGCUCCGCAAAUAUUGCUACAGACACUUUCGACCGAAGAAGUGUUUGCUACAGCAAGACUUGUUAAUGGGGAAGUUACGACCAUCUCAUUUGAGACCUUCGUCAGGCUCCAUCAUUCCCUUGCGAUGUUGAACUUCCUCUUUGAAGACAAAGCAUCCGCCGUUUUGUUCGACAUUGUGAACACUGGAGUUGAAGUGAUCGGUAGCAGCAAUGUGUUGCAAAAUUUGAUGGUGGAUGCAUUGAGCAUUGUUGACAAAAUCUUGCAACUUCAGGAGGUAUACAUUGAGAAACUUUUGCCACUACUCAAGAAUGCCGAUAUUUAUUCUCAGUCGGAUAGCAAGAAGCCUUUGGGGUACGGAACUAGUUUGAGUCUUACAGUGUCGACUCAAAGACUUCCAUACGACAACGUGUAUUAUCCAAAGGGCCUUGGAACUCAUGGUGUGAGCGAUUACUAUGAAUUAAUUCUAUUCAACUUAUCAAGUGUGGUUCACAUUGCAUUAUACGUUGGCUCAGAUGAAGCAAACGUUUCCCAGCCAGCAAUUUCAAUCUUGCGCAAACUCUCCGAGUCCAAGGUUUUCAGUACUAAGAGCUCACUUUCCAAAGAUCUCUCGUUAAGGAAUACGAGACUCUUGAGUGUAUUCGAGAAUGUCGACGAGUCCAUCAAAAUCAGAUAUGCGUUUGUUCAACAGUUGGAGACAAUUUCGGAUUCCUUGCAGGUGAAAUACGAUAUCUUGGAAUUCUUGCUUGCGAACUUGCCUGUGACCGGCCAGAUCACUGUGGCACAUUUCCUUCUCGGCUACGACACUCGCAGUGGGAACCUUUCUUUAAGCAACGAUGACAACGAAUUAUCACUCCUUGACAGCUUGAUACAAUUGCUUAUGUCGACCAUCGACCUAAUCUUUGAUAUUGAUUACACCCACGGUUACGUCACCAAGAUUGGUCUUGGCCCAUCUAAGUUGGCAAGUUUGACGAUGCAAGUGUUGGUGCGGUUGACCAAAAAUUCCGUUAUCUCUGCCCAGACGUUGAACCAUAUCCGGAAAUAUGACUUGUCAUCGAAAUUGCUUAACGUUCAACCAAAAAUCGACGAUGUUACGCUUUGGCAUGACAAGAAAUUUGAGGGCAAUGUUCAAGAUGGUGUCAGCAACAGGUUCAUAGAGGACCAUGCUAGCCUUGAGACAUUCUUUGAGUUCAUGAAGUACAGAAAUCUGAUCCUUCAAUACUUGUCUAUUGAAAUUCAUGAAAUCAGAAGUGCCACGAAGAAGGAGCAGUACAUCAAACUACUUCUAGACGACACGGAAUUUUUCAACGGUACUCCGAAGAUCCUCAACUUUUUGGACGUUCUCAAUUAUCAAUUCUACAAUUUUGAGCCUCACAAAUUCCUUGAAUUCGAGAACAAGUACAAUCUUCCGGCUCUAUUGCACGAGUUAACCAAAGAAAGGAAGGCCAAGAAGGAGGUGAAGUUGUUGAAGAAGUUUGCAGCAUUGCGUUGUCAAAAUGCCAACCAAAGGCUUUCAACUGACAACGAAAAAGCUGCAUUUUCCAUCGACAUUAUGAGUGAGGUUACGAGAGUUGACGAGCUUUUCCAAAAAAUAUUUGUUGUGGAGGAGCUCAAGAAGCGUCACUUGAGGUGCUUGCAGCUGUGGGUGCAAAUCAUACAGGUUCUCAGCAACGAAGGAGUGGCGGACCGGGCCGACUUUAUCCUCAAAGUGUUCCAGUACAUCCUUCCCAAGAUCAACAAUGACUACUACGAGCGGGACGUAUUGUUUGCAGAAGAGUUAAUCCUGUUGUGCAUGCUCUUGUUCGACAUGUAUGAAGAAGAUUCGAAAACACUCGCUACAGCGGAGGAGGGAGGGGAGCACCAUUUACAGAAACUCCUCCCACUUUUCAAAACAUGCGUGAAUGGAGUUCUUUGCACUAAUUCCACGCCGGCUUUGAGAUCGGACUUGUACAUCUUGCUCAACAAGUUCACGCAGAAAACACCACUGUCUGGACCGUUGCUUCGUCAAAUACUCACAGCGCUCCGAUCUGUCGAUAGAAGGUUCAUCAACGUCAUAUGCAACGAUUCGAUCUAUCUGGAAGGAGCACCCCGCAUCACGUCGAUAAUUCUUAUGGAAACGCUUGUGAAUCUUCUGGGAUUGGAGCAGCUGACGUCCAUUCUCGACGCAAUAGUGGAAAAUAAUUCCUUGUCGCUUUUGGCAAGACUGUUGAAGCGUACAGGCGAGCUUUUUGAGGCCUGCGAAGGCCGAACCGAGUCUGGAAUCCGCGUCGACACUCUCCUCUACGAGCUCACAGCGUUCAAGGCCACGCUUUAUCUUUUGAUAAGAAUUGCACACACGAGAGAUGGAGCGGUGCAGCUUUUCCAGAACGAGAUUUUCUCCAUCGUACGCAAUCUUAAGUUUCUAAACAUCGACUCCGAUUUGGGCUUGGAGCUUCAGAUCGACAGCGUGCCGAGCAGCACCCCGGUAUAUGGGGCCAAAGAGGAAAGAGCUACUGCACUCAUCACCUUGAGCUUGGAUAUUCCGGCAGCUCUUGCAGACGAGACAAAACACACCCACAGCGUGCGGACGAUCUCCUUUUACGAGUUGCUAGUGCCUGCUUUCCAAUUGGUGGCCACGGUGCUCUCUGCGAUGGGGCCCUCGUUCCAGCCAGGAAUUAUGCAAGCGAAAGAACUUAUGCUGCACUUCCGUCCUCUUGUUGUCGGUGUCAUGAAGCGGGACCAACUAAUGGAGCAGGGGGAUUUACGGAGGUACGAGGAGGAACAUAAGCUUGCUCUGGAAGGACUCAGGCAGUUGGCGACUUUGUUUGUGCUCCCUAAUUACUUCCUCAUCAUCAUGUCAAAAUUAGAUGCUGAGAAAGAGCUCUCCAGCACCUCCGCUGGAACUAAUGUCGAUUUCAAUGAAAGUUUCCACGACACUUCCUCUAAUCAGGGAUCCGUGGGCCGUUCCCUGGAAAAGAAGGAAGAUGAUGUCCAUCAUCACACCCACAGAAUGUUGGAACAGAGACAUGUCAACCUUAUUGCCAUCGGUGGAUCCAUUGGUACUGGUUUGUUCAUCACCAUUGGUUCCUCUGGUUUAAUUGAGGCCGGUCCAUUGGGUCUUUUAUUGGCUUACUGUUUCUGGACUUUUGUGAUUUUGUGUUUGACUGUCUCAGUUGGUGAGAUGGUUUGCUACUUGCCCGUUGACUCCCCCUUCUUGACCAUGGCCGGCCGUGUGGUUGACCCAGCUUACGAAUGUGCCGCUUCCGUCAAUUUUUGGUUGAUGCAGAGUUUGUACAUUCCGUUCGAAAUCACUGCCGUUAAUGGUAUGAUUCACUUUUGGAGAGAUGACUACAGUCCUGCCAUCACCCUUGUUAUCCAGAUUGUCAUUUACUGUGCCAUCAACGUUUUUGCCGUCAAGCUUUACGGUGAAGCGGAAUUCUGGUUGUCUUUGGGUAAAUUGAUUUUGUGUAUCGGACUUUUGUUCUUCACCGUCAUCACUAUGUGUGGUGCGAACCCACAAAACGAUGCCUUUGGUUUCAGACACUGGCACGCCAAGGGCGGCCCAAUCGCCGAAUACAUGAGAACGGGUUCUCUUGGUCGUUUCCAGGGUUUCUUGCAGGGCUUGUUUUCUGCUAACUUCGUUGUCGUGUCUUCUGAGUACCUUAGUAUGACCGCUGGUGAGGCUAAGAACCCAAGAAAGAACAUGGCCUCUGCUUUCAAGACUGUCUUGUACCGUUUGGUUAUUUUCUUCAUUGGUGGUGCCCUUUCCGUCACCAUUUUGCUCGCCUACAACGACCCAACCUACUUGCAGAUUGUUCAUGGUGACGAUGACAACAGUGGUAACGCUGCUUCUUCUCCAUACGUUGUGGCCAUGCAGAACUUGGAAAUCCAGGUUCUUCCUCACAUUGUCAAUGGUGUUGUCUUGUCUUCCGCCUUCUCCGCCGGUAACUCGUACACCUACUGUUCCUCCAGAGCCCUUUAUGCUCUUUCCAAGAAGGGUUACGUGCCAAAGUUCUUCAGAUACUGUACCAAGAGCGGUGUUCCAAUUUUCUGUGUCGCCGUGUCUGCUUGUUUCUCCCUCUUGUCUUUGAUGCAGUUGGGUAAGACUGGUGAGAAUGCCUUGAACUAUAUGGUGAACUUGUGUACUGGUGCUCAAUUGCUCAACUAUGCUUUCAUGAGUGUCACUUACUUGCACUUCUACAGAGCCGUGAAGGUACAGGGUAUUGACAGAAACAACUUCACCUACAGAUCAUGGUUCCAGCCAUACACCGCCAUGUUUGCUUGUUUCUUCUUGUGGAUCAUUGUUGGCAUUAAGGGUUACGAGGCUUUCGUUCCAGGCCACUGGACAGUCGACCACUUUUUGUUCAGUUAUCUUAUGGUCUUCAUUGCCAUUGGUGUUUAUGCUGCUUACAAACUUAUCAAGAGACCAAAGUACAUCAGACCAGAAGAUGCUGACCUCCAAACUGGUCUUGAGGAGAUCGAGGAGCAUGAGUAUGAAUUCUAUGCUGCUUUGGAGGCCAACAACGAGAAGGUCGGUCUCAGAAAGAAGAUCAUGGACUGGGUCUUCUAA